UAAAUGCGCCUUCUCUUCUCCCUCUUCUCUUUCUAAACCCUAACCCAAUUAGUUCAUGAUUUUUUCAAAAUGAAGUCAGAUUUCUUCAAAAAUCUACCACCAGAAAUCAUCACCGAGAUCUUCUUAAGGCUACCUGUUGUAAGCAUUCUAAUAAGCAAAUGUGUUUGCAAGCGAUGGCUCCAUCUGCUGGAGUCUGAUGCUUUUGUCAAGUCUCAUUUUGCCAGAUCCGCCCCCGCCCUAGUUGUUGUGGACGAUUCAAAUCAGUUGAAAGUUUUGGAAUUCGAAGGCGAGCUCGAUCUGAACCUCGAGAGCCACGAUCCACUCAUCAAGUAUGAUUUCCCUUACCGCCAAGCAAAACUAAGCAGUUCUGUUAAUGGUUUGAUUGUAGUAAGGGUGCGUUUUAAUAUGAUUUGUGUAUGUAAUCCGAUCACUCGUGAAGUUAUUAAGCUGGAUCUGCCUUCUUCAAGAGUAUAUGGUUUUGGAUUUGGGGCAAGCAAAAUCAGUGGCCGAUACAAGGCGGUCAGUAUUAGUAGUAAGCCCUAUGGCUAUGAUGAUAAAUUGGAUUGUCAUGUAUACACUCUUGGAACAGGGUCUUGGCGACGCCUUGAAGGUAACCCGUGUGUGCACCAGUAUGGUGAAGGUGCAUUUGUUAAUGGAAAUUUCCAUUGGAUAGUAUACAUGAAUGGAGAAGCGUCAUGGAUUUCUUGCUUUGAUCUUGAAACGGAAUGUUUUAGCUUCUUUAAAGCUCCUCCCUAUCUUGCUCAAGGAUUCUUGAGAAGAACAACGACCUUGUCUGCUUUGAGCGGUUGCCUAUGGUUUUGCAAGGUAACAUCCGAAUAUGAAGAUGAAGAUGAUGGUUGGCGAUGUGAGGUUAGUAUAUGGAUUAUGAAGGAAUAUGGAGUGGACGAAUCUUGGAGCAAGGAAUAUGUGAUCCCCCUUGAUGAUGAGACGCAGAGUGUUGAUCCCAUCAAAGUUUUCGAAAAUGGCGACCUAUUGAUGUUAGUGGAGAUAGACGUUUCUGGGUGCCUUUUCUACUACUCUAAGAAGACUAAAACUAUGCAAAGUAUUGAUUUGUUUGGUGCAGGGCAGACCUCUGACGAUGUCAAGUAUGGGCUUUUCACUCCCACCCUUGUUUCACUCAAAACUUUAGGUUUAGGUGUGGAGAAUGUAAUCUCAUUCUGAUUGUUUGCUUCAUUCUCAUAAUGCUACCAUCAACUAAAUGUAUAUGUUUGAAGAUUGAGUUAGUGAUGAAGCAUAUCAUUUAGAUCAAGGAAACUAUCCUAUAUAUAUUAUGGUUCCUUUGGUACAUUUCUUAGUGGCAAUGAUGCUGCUUCUGCUUGUAUAGUUUGAAGGAUUAUUGCCUGUGUUUUUUUUGUGAUGAAUCAUGUGAUGAUGAGAUUGUUGUUUGUUAUA